UACUUUAGUCUACUUUUGACAGGAUGAAACAUAUGCUAGCUUUGCUUCCCCUGGCGGGACUCAUUACCCUAGCGACAGCCCAGUACGGUCCGGCCCCGCCGAGACUCAACAUCCCCGGCGCCAUCCCACUGCCACCGAUCCGCGAGGAACGUCUACUACCGCAGCAGCCACCGCAAGUAAUACGCGUCCGGCGUCCGGGUGCGGUUCGCAUCUCCGCCCCGAACGCCAUCCACCACCAACUACCGUCCGCCACUCCCAAAUUCCACGAUCUCAGCACGAUCGAGCAUAAGCCGGUAACCGAGGAACCGGAGGAUGACUUCCGGCCCGCCUUCAUUCCGCAGCUCCAACCCCACCAUCCCCCGCCGUCCCCGGCACCAGCCCCUCCACCAGCCCCUGCCGCUUCCCCGGCCCUGCAGUAUCCAAUUCCCGCGGACGAGCAGUCGAGCGAGCGCGACCGCGAACUACAGCAAAAUGUUCUCUCUCGCUUCAAUGCACAGGAAAACCGACCGGCCCCGUUACCGCGUGCCCAGAUCCCGGAACGUUUCUUCUCCACCGACAAGGAACCGCAGCGAUUCCCGGUCGAGCGUCCACAGCCACAGCCCGCACCGAAGCAGUACCGACCGGCACCGCAACAGAUUGCUCGCCCUGCGCCGAUUGCUGCACCGCAGCAGCAGUCCUUCCGCCAGCAGCAACACUUCCAGGAUGAGGAACGUCGGCCAGUAUCGCAGGGCCGUCCACAUUCGCAGCUCGAACAGGAUCAGCAGGAACGCAAGCGAAAGCCAGUAGCACAGAUUCUGCGUAAAUGGCGCGAAGAGCACGAGGACGGUUCGAUCACGUGGGGCUUCGAGAAUGACGAUGGUUCGUUCAAGGAGGAAACGAUCGGUAUCGAUUGCGUCACUCGCGGUCGUUAUGGUUACGUCGAUCCGGAUGGUGAGAAGCGCGAAUACAACUACGAAACCGGCAUCCAGUGUGAUCCUAACCAGCGGGAUGAGGACGACGAGGACAACCUCGAGGUGGACUAUCAGGAAAACAAGGCCGUCCUGCCGAACGGUGUGCGACUCGACCUUAACAAUAUGGGCAAAAAGCAGUCCAAGAGGCCAAGCGGUCAGCAGCAAUCGCAGCAGCCACAGUACUAUCGUAACUAG